AUGACAAUUGUGGCUGUAGGACUGCACGUGGUGAACACGACGGUCCUGAUCAUUUCUUGGAGAUCCUGCGAGACUAUCGAUCCUGCAGAACCUGCAGAAAAGUCGCUGCCGAAUGGCUGGUGUGGUGUCAGACUCAGUGGGCCACGAUGGGAAAAGACUCGAUACUGUGCUCAGUGUCGAAAAUCUGUGCCGGGUCUUGACCACCACUGUACGUGGCUACAGACGUGCAUUGGUAAAAGCAACUACGCACAAUUUUUUACCGUGGCGUGCACAGGAACAAUACAGUUUUUAUUGCAGGUUGUGUACGCAGGGCUUUGUCUAUUGUGGCUGCACAAUCAUUUGCUGGACGAUGCAGGAGCGUUUGAUUACGUAGUCGUCGGUUGUCUUGUGACGUGCUUUGUGACCUCCUUCCCAUGCAUGCUUAUGUAUUUUGUGCUCUUGGGUUUUCAUCUAUGGCUCAUGAUAUUGGGCUAUGGCACGUAUGAAUGGAUGCUGCGUCGUCGAAAGGAGCAACGAGCUAAGAGAGCAAAAACCUCGACGGAUUCCUCGAACACGCAAGAGACUACGUCUCCAGAAAUCGAUAUUGCGGUCGUUAAGACGUGCGAAAUGGAAGCAGAGGUACAGGUUAGAGAGGUGAACGUGCUGUAA